CAAAACUGUUUAGUACAUUCUGUGAAAACAUUCUAAGGGAAUAAUGGUCUUCAAGAUCACUCUUCUGGCAGCUUUUGCUUGCCUGAUCUGUGUGAAAGGAUCAGAUGUCAAAGUUGCAACUGUUUCUCAGCCCCAGCCUUACAAGUAUGGGUAUUCUGUUAAAGACCAGAGUAGUCAACAAUACAGGGAAGAAGUCGCUGAUGGAGUUGGUAUCGUAACUGGAAGUUAUGGAUUCAAAGAUGCUAAGGGUAUACAAAGACAAGUCAACUAUAUUGCUGACAAUAAAGGAUUUAGAGCACAGGUCCAAACCAAUGAACCUGGGUCAGCAAACCAAAAUCCUGCUGCUGUCGAAGUCAUAUCCAAAACCCCUGUGGUCUCUAAAUUGGUAACACCUGCUGUUACUCCUGAAUUAGUGCAAAUCAAUCCUACCGUCGGUCUUGGAGCCAUUAGAAGUCAGAUCUUGAAUAACCAACUCUUAAACAGGGGCAUUGGCACAAGAAUCUUAAACAAUGGUCUUCUGAACAGUGGACUCUUGAAUAACAGGCUGCUGAACAGAGGACUCUUGAAUAAUGGCAUUCUGAAUAGAGAUCUCUUGAACAAUGGAGUCUUGAGCACAGGACUUUUGAAUAGUAAUGGUUUAAAUAAUGGAUUAUUGACUAAUGGAAUCUUGAAUACUGGACUUUUGAAUAGAGGGUUAAAUGUUAAUGCUAAUAAUAUAUUAAACGGAGGAUUAGGAUACGGUAACGUUCUUCUGGGUGACCCUUCUUCGGCUAGUUACUUGAAUGAUGGAACAGUCGUUUAUGGAAUACCAUUGGCUGGUGGUGCCCUUCGAGGUUAUGAUGGUAGAAGUAAUGCAUAAUUAGCAAUAACUUUCUGAGCAUUUGAUCUUUAUUAUGAAGGAAUCAUUUAUUAUGAAGGAAAGUAUUUACAGGGGCUGACACCCAAAUUCAGUUUUAGGAAAAAAAAAAAGGCCUGUAAUGUUUUUUUCGUUCCACAGCUUGCUUAUUGUUCUUGCAUAUUAUUCAAUAAUCACUCUUUAUCGAAAAGAACAAUAUAUCAUGAGAAGUUAAGACUUUUGUUAAAUUAUGAGUUCUGAUAUCUUAGUUUUACAUCUAAGUGCGAAUCAGCGUAUGCCGAAAAGACCAAAUCAACUUGUUAAAACAACAGUUUUUUUUUUUUUUUUCGUUUUUCCAUAAAUUUUCUUCUCAUCUUUUAAGAUGCUGUUAUGUGUUUUUAGUGUUUCAGUGUAAAUAAAAUUAUUUAAUGCUGCGAAA